UAUCAUAAGUAUCAUAACAUACAGCGAAACAAAUAUGGCGGAGACUAACGUAGGUUCGUUAGAAGAGGAAGCUUUGAAGAGAAAAGAACGUUUGCAAGCUCUAAAAAGGAAAACAGAAGACAACAAGGAAAAUAAGAAUGAACCCGGUGCAAAAUUGCCAAAACCAAAGUUUCGAAGCUACAAACCCCAAGACGAAAGUCUCAAGGGCAAAGUGUUGGACGACGCGAAACCUGGAAACGUAGAAGCGGAAGUACACGAUCAAUUAAGUGCAGCCACUACCAAAGUUGUCAUAGAAGAACUUGAUAUCAGUAACCUUGCCCCUCGAAAACCAGAUUGGGAUUUGAAACGAGACGUUGCUAAGAAGUUAGAAAAGUUGGAAAGAAGAACUCAGAAGGCAAUAGCGGAGCUUAUAAGAGAACGUCUCAAACAGGGACAGCACGACUUGGCUGCUGUAGUGAAUAUGGCAGCUAGGGAACAAGAGGAAUCGCCUACUUGAUUGUGAUAAUAUGAUAAUAUAAUAAUUCUCGUGCUGUAAGAUUUUUAUUAUUUUGUACAUAUAAAGUAACGAUUAAAUGUAUUUUUAAUAUUUGUAUUUAUUAUAAUUAAAUUCAUGAUUUGUUUCAA